AUGGAGGAUAGCAGCUGCCCAAUAUGUGGCCUUGCAGCAGCAACAUCAGAUCAUGUCCUAUGGAAUUGCAGUGCAGCCCGAGAUGUCUGGAGCCAAGCAAGCAGACCAAUCCAAAAACUCUCUCUAGAAGCCAAGUCCUUAAAAGAAAUUUGGCAGCAAAUAAUGGGAAAGCUACCAAAAAUAAUGAUGGAGCAAGCAGGCUCAAUUAUGAGACUAAUAUGGACAAGAAGGAACAAGGUUGUGCAUGGGAAGGAAUUCAGGCAUCCAAACUCCAUCAUUCAUAUGGCCCAAGAUGAUCUUAAAUGCUUCAAAUUAGCAAGACAAAAUAAUUCAAAUGGCCAGGGUGCAGAGUUCUCUGGAAGAAAUCAAAGAUGGACUACACCACCUGAGGGACUCUACAAACUGAAUUGGAAUGCUGCAAUAAACCAAUCCCUGGGUCUAAUCGGCAUUGGGGCUAUUCUCAGGGACUGUAAUGGCCAAGUACUUGGUACUAUCCGAGCAAGAAGAAAUCUAAACGUCUCCCCAUUCACUGCUGAAGCUUAUGCAAUGAUGAUGGCAGUGCUCUUCUGUAAAGAGGCUGGUUUCCACUCUAUCAUUUUCGAAGGAGACUCACUCCAAGUGGUGGAGAGAAUGCAAAAGAUAGUUAUUGAUUGGAGCCAAGGAGGAUUCAUCAUCAAAGAUACAAAACAGGUCUUACAAGAAAUUGUUUCUUGGAGUUUUUGUCACAGAAAGAGGGAUUCAAACAUGGCAGCCCACAUGCUAGCCAAGGAUGCCCUUCUAACUGAAUGUGAUCUCUAUGAAUUAGAGAAAAUACCAUCUUGUAUUAGACAUGUCGCUCAAUUAGAUAUUUGUAACAGCAUGCUUUAG